AUGUCGCUACUAUCCACUCUUCUCAAAACAUGCAACAUCCGAGGGUUACUACCGAAGAUCAAAAAAUACUCCAAAUUCAUAGGACCUGGAUUGAUGGUUAGUGUUGCGUUUCUAGAUCCCGGUAAUUAUUCUACUGCUGUGUCAGCUGGUAAUGCUUAUAAAUACAACUUGUUAUUCUCGAUAUUAUUGUCCAACUGUCUAGCAAUAUUCUUGCAGUCGUUAGCGGCAAAGUUGGGAGCCGUUACAGGGCUAGACUUGGCAGCUAAUUGCAAAGAGCACUUUUCAUUCAAACUAAAUGUCGUUUUGUACAUCAUGACAGAAAUUGCCAUUAUCGCUACCGAUUUAGCCGAGGUUGUCGGUACAGCUAUUGCUUUGAACAUAUUGUUCAAUAUCCCGUUGUUUUUAGGUGUAAUCAUCACCGUCAUUGAUGUCUUGAUCGUUUUAGCAGCAUACCGACCAAAGGGCCCGCUCUUGUUCAUCCGUGUAUUUGAAGCAUUCGUUUCGGUAUUGGUUGCUGCGACUGUGGUGUGUUUUGGUAUAGAAUUGUACCAAGUUGGCCAUGACGAGUCAAUCAACCUCUCUGUUGUUGAAGUUUUCAAGGGCUUCUUGCCGAAUGAAGAUGUUGUCGAUAUGUCUGAGAGAGAAGGCGGUAAUGGAUUAUUCUUGAGUUUAGCAAUUUUGGGUGCCACAGUGAUGCCGCAUUCCCUUUACUUGGGCUCUGGUUUAGUGCAGGCAAGAUUGAAAGAUUUCGAUAUCAAGCACGGCUAUUAUAUUCCUUGGAACUCUAAGCUGCGAAAUUCAGGGGCAUCUCUACACAGUGAUUUUACCAUUGCAGAUACAGAGACAGAUGUCGAGACAGAGAAUGGGGCAGAGAAUGAUAAUAAUCUUCAUAUAGAGUCUAAUGAUGACGUUACUCCUGUGAUCACUCCUAUUGAACCAAUUAGACCCCACCAGGCUACCUUUGAAAGAGCCGAUGAGACAACUUUACAAGUGGAUGAGGACGAGGACGAGGACGAUGAAGAGGAGAAUGAUCACUAUAGGCCAUCGAUCCAUGCUAUCAAAAGCACUUUGACUUAUACAAUUACUGAAUUGGUUAUUUCUCUUUUCACCGUCGCAUUAUUUGUCAACUCGGCUAUAUUGAUAGUUGCAGGCGCCACAUUAAGAAGCUCGAAGAAUUCUCUGCGCGAUGACCAUGACAAUGACCACAACAAAGGCUACGAUACUGACGACUCCGACGAUGAAGAUUACGAGAAUGCCGAUUUGUUUACAAUUUACCACUUGUUAUCCAAACACUUGUCGCCCACAGCAGGUUUUGUUUUUGCACUCGCUUUAUUAUGUUCGGGACAAAGUGCUGGAGUUGUUUGCACUUUAGCAGGUCAAAUGGUAUCUGAAGGAUUCUUGUCGUGGAGUUUGCCUCCGGUAACUAGAAGAUUGAUUACACGUGGAUUAGCAAUUGCGCCGUGUUUGCUUGUUGUCCUUUUCGCUGGCAGAGAAGGCUUGGCAAAGACAUUGAAUGCAAGUCAAGUUGUUUUAUCGUUGCUAUUACCCAUUGUAAGUGCACCAUUAAUAUGGUUUACUUGUGACAAAAGGACUAUGAGAGUACCGAUUUUCGAAAGGGAUGGCGAUGAGGAAGUUGACGUUCUUUAUAAUGCCGGUGAAGAUUAUGAACAUUGUGGUGUAUCCUAUCCUUCUUCUUCAUUAUCAUCAUCAUCGUUGUUUUCGUCGUCAUCGUCAUCGCCCGCAUCUGCAUCUGCAACGGCAACGGCAAUGGCACCAUCGUCUUCAUUACCAUCUUCGCAGAAGGCGCCAAAAAGGUUUGCAAGCACGCAACCAGCAAUUCGUCUACAAGAUUUGCGCAAUUCACACCCAUGUGCUGGAUGGGAAGAGGACGACGAUGAAGACGAAAAUUUGAAUCACCCACAAUCACAUGGCAAAUAUGACGAAGAAAGUCGACGUCUUAUUGCAAGCACAAAGUCCGCACAAAACCCAUAUUUAAACACUGCAAGUACUAUUAAGUCAAGAUCAAACUCAGUUAGUCAAGCAACUGCAGACUUAUCUGACUCUAGUAUAUCCAAAAAGUCUCCGCAUGUACAAUCUACUGCUGCUAAACAAGUGCAAUUUGAUGAAGGGAUUUUGCGGGUCAAGGGCUUCAAGGAUUUUAGCAAUGGUGCUUUUACAUCUGUUUUAGCAAUACUUAUAUGGGCAUUCAUAACAUUGCUAAACUUGUAUUUGGUGGUAAAUAUGUUUUUAGAGGCAUAA